AGUCCAUAUUUGCUUUAAGACAUGAAGGUCAGUCAAUAGGGAACAUUUCAAGAACUUGCAGUCGCAAAAAAACAUCAAGUGCUAUGAUGAAACUGGCUCUUCUGAGGACCGCCACAGGAAAGGAAGACCCAUUACCUCAGCAUCAGAGGAUAAGUUCAUUAGAGUUACCAGCCUCAGAAAUUGCAGCCCAUAUAAAUGUUUCACAGAGUUCAAGUAACAGACACAUCUAAACAUCAACUGUUCAGAGGAGACUGUGAAUCAGGUCUUCAUGGUCAAAUUGCUGCAAAGGAAACACUACUAAAGGACAUCAAUAAGAAGAAAAAGAAAAACAUGAGCAAUGGACAAAGUUAUUUUUUUUCCUUUUUCAGACAACAACAAAAUCUCAAUUUUUUGCAAUAAAGUUUUAUUUUAAUUGGCUCUAGAAAAACAGGUGGGCGGGGAAAGCGGGGGUGAAGAUUUCAACGCUUCCUGAUUGGCUGUGGGUUUUAUGUUUCUGCUGGGACUGAAGUGUUUAUAUAGCCAAUCACCGUUGAACUGGCAGUAAGUGUAGUAGUGAGCCUAGCAGUUCAUUUCUCUCUUGGUGGAAGCACACAGCGAAGUGACAUCGUCCAACCUUUCACCAUAUUCUGAAAUAUGGAAGAAUCAAGUAGUUAACGUUUACUGAACCUUCUCUUUUGAAGCUUUCUUCCGUCUGAUCACUGAGUUCCUAGAGGGCUGACCGGUCCUGUUUUUUUGACGUUUUUUGCAAGUUUCCUGAACUUUCACUGUCUGACAAGAUGAAGUGCAUUAUCGGCAUCGGAGGCGUAACCAACGGGGGAAAGACCACCCUCACCAACAAACUGAUCAAGAACCUUCCCAACUGUUGUGUGGUUCAUCAGGAUGACUUUUUCAAGCCACAAGAUCAGAUUGAAGUUGGUGAAGAUGGCUUUAAGCAGUAUGAUGUCAUCACUGCCCUCGACAUGGACGCCAUGAUGAGUACCAUCUACGCCUGGCUUGACGACCCGGUGAAGUUUGAAAGGUCGCACGGCGUCAACAACACCUUGGAUACCGAGAUUCUCCCGGAGUCUGACCACAGGGAUGAGGGAACUCACAUCCUCAUCGUGGAAGGAUUCCUGCUUUACACCUAUGGACCUUUGAUCGACGUACUGAACCAACGCUAUUUUAUUUCCAUUCCAUACGAAGUAUGCAAAAAGAGGAGGUGCUCAAGAAACUACAAGGUACCAGAUCCCCCGGGUCUGUUUGAUGGUCACGUCUGGCCCAUGUACACCAAACACAAGAUCAUCAUGGAAACAUCAGGAGUUGAUGUUGUGCAGCUAGAUGGAACUAAGGCAAAGGAACAUCUGUACAACGCUGUCUAUGAAGACGUCCUGAACAACAUCCAGAAGUGUCUGUAAGCAACAAAGGUCAGUCUAUCGGCUAAGAGAAGACUAUAUCUGCAGGAGGAGAUGGAGAGGUGUGCCUUGCCUGAAACAUUUCUACGUCUUUCUGGCCUGCAGCUAGCAACACUUUCUACCAGCUGCUGCUGCCACCGUGUCAUUACUAUUUUGUAGUGUAAAUUAUUCCCUGGCGUUAUAUGCAGGAAUGGUUUUAUAUCCUCCAUAUUUAUUUCUUUGUUACGAGCCACCAGGCAGUCGGUCACAGAGAUGACAGUAGAACAGAGGGUUGCAGCUCAAAGCAUAACACCAAUAAACAAUCCUCCUGCUAAAACA